AUGCCAGUCUUGUAUCUGGAACUGGCCAUCGGUCAGCAUUUGAGGUCGGGGUGUGUGGGCGUUUGGAACAGGGUCCACCCUUUUAUAGGCGGGCUCGGGAUCGCAUCGGCUGUGACGUCAUUUCUAGUGGCCAUUUACUACAAUGCUAUCAUCAUGUGGUGUUUCUUCUACCUGUUCCAUUCAUUUCAGACGACUCUCCCAUGGUCCGAGUGCCCCACAUAUGUAAACGAACACAACAAGACACUGAACAUUGAGGAAUGUGACAUUAGCGGACCAACUUCCUACUUCUGGUACCGGUCAGCUCUGGACAUCUCGCCUGGCAUUGACCAGCCUGACGGCAUCAAAUGGAAGCUGCUGCUGUGUCAUGUCUGUGCCUGGAUCGUCAUUUUCUUGUGUAUCUGUAAGGGCAUCAAGUCUUCCGGGAAGGUUGUGUAUUUCACCGCCACAUUCCCCUACGUUGUGCUCAUCAUUUUCUUCAUCCGUGGCAUCACACUAGAGGGCUCUGUUGAUGGUCUCGUGCACAUGUUCACGCCAAAGAUCGAAGAGCUGCUGGACGUGUCCUGCUGGUUGGACGCGGCGGCCCAAAUCUUCUUCUCCUUCGGGUUGGCGUUUGGUGGCCUCAUCGCCUUCUCCAGCUACAACCCGGUCCACAACAACAUGGAGAGGGGACACCGUCAUCGUGCCGCCACCAACUGGUGCACCGCCAUCUUUGCUUGUGCCGUCAUCUUCGCGGUCAUAGGGUUCAAGGCCACGGUCAUGUACAACCACUGUAUUGAUUAUAAUAUCGGUAUCCUAGGGGAGAUAUGCAGUAACCUAAACGUGUCUGACGUCAUGUGCUAUGGCCACAACAGCUCAGAGACCAUAACAAACAGGGUCUACAAGGAAAUGUUUGAGGAUAACUUGACCGCCUUCACCAAUUUUACAACCCGCCCAUUUCGGGCGUGUAGUCUAGAGGAUGAUUUGAAUAAGGGUGUUGAAGGUACCGGUCUAGCAUUCAUCAUCUUCACGCAAGCAAUCAAUGAGUUUGGUCCAUCUGCGCCAUUUUGGUCCGUGGUGUUCUUUCUUAUGCUGCUCUCCCUUGGAUUGGGCAGUGAGUUUGGUACCAUUGAAGGGGUGACAACUUCCCUUUAUGACUUGGAUAUUUACCCUUGGAUGAGAAAAAAAUGGCUAGUUUCCGGUAUGCUGUGUACAAGCAUGUGCCUGGUGGGCAUGCUGUUUGUCACUGGCAGCGGGUCCUACUGGGUGGCGCUCUUUGACACCUUCGCUGGAACUUUUCCUUUGAUCAUGGUGGCCCUGGGGGAGUGCCUGGCCGUGGGGUGGAUCCUUGGCGCAAACAGGUUUAGUGAAGAGAUUGAGUGCAUGAUUGGCCACAAGCCCAAUAUCUACUGGAGGGUUGCAUGGAAGUUUCUAGCACCUCUCUUUAUGGUGGCACUUCUGCUGGGGACAUUGAUUAAGAUGUUUUCCUCCCCAAUAACUUACAAGGCCUACAACUCUGUCACGACACUAAUGGAGAAAGAGUGCUAUCCCUGGUAUGCCAGUGUGGCUUGUGGUGUUCUUGUGUUUGCGUCGGUCUUGUGGAUACCUGGCAUAGCACUGCUGAGAAAGUGCGGAGUCCUUCAGUACGACCAUGCGAAGAAGCUUGCCUCAGAUAUCCAUAGAGCUACAGUCUCCACAACAAAGUUCCUAGGUGGGAGCCAGUGGUCUGCCAGGUCAGAUGACAGAGAUUCCGGACACAACUCCGAUGAGGACACGCCCCUCAGAGAGCCAGAAAGACCAACAGAAUUUUUUAUUGAAGACCUGCUUGCUGUGCUACCAGCCAGACCUAAAUCAAACAGAGAAAGUAUUGUUUAAUCUCACACUCAGCCAGAUAGUAUUACAGUUUAUUGGGUUGGAUUCUACUUUUGUUUCUGUACACACACCAUUCCUAGUUUUUAAAUGGCUUGACUUUGUGAUGUAUCUAUCACAGCUCAGAUGGAGUUUCUCUAUGAUAUUGAAACAGUGAUUGAUGUUAGGCAUUGUUAGGACAAUAUAUAAAUUAUAUUGCAGUUUGAUGAUGUAUUAAAAAUGCAUUGACAUAAUGUUUUUAUUUUUAUUUAAAAUUUAAUAUAAAUUGAUCAUGUUAAUUUCUUUUAUUUUAGAUGGGAAUAGUAUUCUUCUUAUAUUAAAAAAAAAAAUUUAAAUCUUCUUUUAAUUUCAUUUAUAAUAUAUUGGUUUUAGAAAUAGAUUCUAAAUUGCUUUCCUUUGUUUUGUAGUGUCCUUUCAGUUUUUAAGUGUGACUGGGCAGUCUAAUGUCCAGACCUACACACUAAAAAUGGUUUUGUGAAACUAUUUGCUACCCUAGUGGUUGCUAGUUAUUUAAAUUCACUAAAAAAAUCUGCUUUUAUUAUGGAUUUGAAAUUUGAAAAUGUAUUUAUUGUAAUAUUCUAAAAAAUGGAAUGUUUAACAACUGCAGUUAAUUUAUUAUGAGCUCAUUUAAAAGAAAUAUUUAAAUAAUGUAACAAAUCAAAACGCAAAGCUGAAUAGAAAUUCAUAUACUGUGAAAAUAUGUGCAAAUUCUGGCACUUCUGAAUUUACACAUUCACUUCUAUUUAACAGCACACACACAAAAAAAAAUUAAGUAUUAGAGAUAAAAUAGGUCAAAGAAAUGUUAUUAAUAGCUUAGAUAUUUUGAUUAAAAAGCAUUUCUCUUGUGAUUAUCCCAGUUAAAUGACCUUAGCAAUUCUACAUUAAAAUCAAUAUAAAGGUUGAUGUUCCUAUACAUAACAGUAAAAAUGUAGAUUAGAUUUAGUUGUGCAUGCAGUGUGCAAAUCUUAGAUCUAACAUUUAAUAUAUAUAUAUAUAUAUAUAUAUAUAUAUAU